UAAUUGAUGGAGUGGAAGAAGGAGACUUUCACCCGGUAGAGGAGCAGCUGUCAGCAACAAGAGUUGCAAUAAAGACAAACGCCCGAGGGGGUUUUGAAACAGACGGGAAAGCAGCGGAGGCAGGCGAGGAGGAGAAGAAGAAGGAGAAGGGGAAGACUGCUUCAGGUGACCGAGUCGCGAUGGAGGCGCGCGGCAUGCGUGAUUAGGGAGCACCGCUUCUGGAAGAAAGAAAGAAAAAAGAAGCGCUCGCUUUGUUGAGGUGGAUUACAAAGUGAACAAGCACCAGAACUGACCGGGAUCGCCUUUGUCUAGAUUUCACUUGACGGAUUAUCUCACAAUCAUGAACGUGUCGCCCCCAGACCGCAGGAAAAACGUGCGAGAGCUGGCUUUGGAGAUUGGCAUCCGAGUUCUGCUUUUCGGAGUUUUUGUAUUUACAGAGUUUCUGGAGCCAUUUGAGAGAGUGAUUCAACAAGAGGAGCUUUGGCUGUACAAGAAUCCUCUAGUUGAGUCAGACCACAUUCCCAAGAGGGUCAUGUUCGCAAUUUCAUUCCUCACCCCAUUGGCGGUGAUAUUUGUAGUGAAGAUAAUUCAGAGGACGGACAAGACGGAGAUCAAAGAGGCAUGUUUAGCUGUGUCCCUGGCUCUCGCCCUCAAUGGAGUCUUCACAAACACUAUCAAGUUGAUUGUUGGCAGACCUAGACCCGAUUUUUUCCAGCGUUGUUUCCCAGAUGGACAAGGAAAUCUGAAGAUGCUGUGCACCGGGGAGCCAGAUCUAGUCUCUGAGGGACGCAAGAGCUUCCCCAGCAGCCAUUCCUCCUUUGCAUUCUCUGGACUCGGCUUCACCUCCUUCUACCUGGCGGGGAAGCUGCAGUGUUUUACGGAUCAGGGUCGAGGGCGUAGCUGGCGUCUCUGUGCUAUGGUGUUGCCUCUCUACAGCGCCAUGAUGAUUGCAUUGUCCCGGACCUGCGACUACAAACACCACUGGCAAGACGCCUUUGUUGGAGGAGUGAUCGGGUUGCUGUUUGCGUACAUCUGCUAUCGCCAGCACUACCCACCCUUUCUGCACACGGACUGCCACCUGCCUUAUGCCAGUCUGGCUGCUGCUGCUGCCCACACGCCCUUGCAUCCCCAGGAUGACCCACAGCCCACUGACAAUGCCACCACCCUUCCCCUGGAGGGCUUGACUGAAGGGCCAGUAUGACUAGUGGCCACCACCGAGACUCCCCCCAACACCCUCACCAAGCCACCAAGCCCACCUCCCCAUCCCCAGUGACUGACUGGCUCUUGUAUACAUUCCAGUGGACAAUUCUACACCUCAGCCCAUCUCCUGUUGCACCCUGUCUCGGUGACACCUGCAUUCUUUUUUUUAUUAUUUUUUUUAUAUCUGGUUCUUGCUCAGCAGGCGUGAAAGUCUAUAUUUAGAUGUGAUGUAUGAGAGGAACCCACGAAUAUGGGACAUCGCCUCUGAGAGGGAAGAGAGAAGAACAUGUUGAAAACCUAAGGAAACACGUCUUACUAAUGGUUGUGAACGAAGAUGAAAAUAUUGCCAGUUUUUACUGGAGUUCUUUUUUUCUUUUUGCUUAAUGAGAAAUGUGGUUUGCCAGUUGUUGGAGUAUAUUUAAUGUUUGGCUGUUAAAGGAUUGGGACAGUAAAUUAGGGAGACCCUGAUAAAUCCCAUGAAAUGUCACAGCAAUCAAACCAUGAAAUCAAACCAGAUAAACUAUUAGAAUAUAGUAUGUUAUAUGUCACACUUUGAAACUAAUUAUGGGAUUUGAUGCAGCUAGUCAUGCCAGAAAUCUAGUGACUUUCUCUGUUUCAUUUAGACUUUUAGAUGCCCACUGCAUCUUCAGAGGACACCAAUGUGAUAGUUUAAAGGGGACCUAUUAUCGUAUUCCUCAUUUCCCUCACAUAUAUGAUGUUACAAAUUUGGAUGUUCAUAUUAAAUGGGGCGAAAGUU